AUGAAUCCUUAUUUUAAUUUUUCGUGUGGAGGUAAAUGGGUACGUGACAUCUGUAUAUUUGGCUACAAAGAUCUACCCAUGUUGACUCACAGAGUAGAACUGUUCGCCAAUAAAUUCCAUUGGCAAUACCAGUCUAUUACUUUAGAUUGCAUGCAAGAAUGGUACAGAAACCAGGUCAAGAUGGAAGUGAAGAACCCAAACAAAAUGUGGAUAAAUGAAACAUAUUACAAGAAUAUUCCUUAUUUGAAAGAUACUAUUAAACUUUCAACGUGA